AUUGGAAUUUUGCAAAAUUGAGAACUAUUACCGAGAAAUAGUGCUCGUGCAGCGUCGUUUGAGGUUAUGUUUACAGUGUGGAGUACAAUAAAAUAAUACAACGAUGUCGAAAUUAUAUUCGUCAUUUGAGUUUUACAUAACUACGCAUGGUCGAACGUGAUUGAUUAUCGGCGGUCAUGUGAAAACUCGACGCGACCUCCUUCAUAGUUUUACGUCGCGAAACAAACUCAAGGGACGCAAUAUCGUUCAGUGAUUGCAUGGUUCAAUCCCCAAUUCGAUUUGCUGUCAUUAAUCUGUCGUUAUUGCUGUCGAUCGGUGAUUUUUCACAAUGUUGGAGGGAGUAAAGCACGUGCUGUUAGUGCUUUCGGGAAAAGGUGGCGUCGGUAAAUCAACAAUCAGCACUCAACUGGCACUUGCCUUGAAGGAAUCGGGUUUUCGAGUUGGAAUCUUGGAUGUUGAUCUUUGUGGCCCCAGCGUGCCAUACUUAUUGAACUUGGAAGAAAAGGAUGUUCACCAGUCUUCUGAAGGAUGGAUACCGGUAUUUGCAGAUUCAGAACAGAAACUGUCUGUCAUGUCGAUUGGUUUUCUCUUGAAAAGUCAAAAUGAUAGUGUAGUCUGGCGUGGUCCUAAAAAGAAUGGUAUGAUCAAGCAGUUUCUAACUGAUGUAGUUUGGCAGGAUAUUGAUUAUCUGAUCAUCGACACACCACCUGGUACUUCUGAUGAACACAUUACAGUUAUGGAGAAUUUAAGAAAUGCAAAUUGCGACGGUGCCAUUAUAGUAACUACUCCACAAGCAGUUGCAGUGGACGAUGUCCUGCGAGAAGUAACAUUUUGCAAGAAAACAGGAAUUCCUAUAAUUGGCAUUGUUGAAAAUAUGAGUGGCUUUGUUUGUCCUUCGUGUACAGAAUGUACCAAUAUAUUCUCUUCUGGUGGUGGAAUAGCUCUUUCAGAAAUGGUAAAGGUUCCAUUUUUGGCAAAGGUACCUAUAGACCCGCAAGUCGGCAAGUUAGCAGAAAAGGGACAAAGUAUCCUUGUGACAUCACCCGAUAGUCAAGUUGCACAGGUGUUUCGAAAGUUAGUCGAAGAGCUCACCAAAAGUAAGGAAGCUUAAAGACAAAGAGUUUACCAGCAAUGUGUGUGAUUUUUAGCGUCACAUGUAUGUUUGCUCUUGCGUUGUUACUGUUAUUUUUAUACAGAUAAACUUAUUUACAGGAAACUGUGUAUAAAAACAUCUAAAAUAUACCUGUUUUUAUAAUGUAUUAUAAUGUAUAAUUGCAAGUAAUAAAUGAUAUUAUUUUA